AUGUACUCGACAAGACGGCAGAAACGAUACUACCCUGAGUGGUGUUGCGCUGCGUUUGUCUUCAGCCAGUCCAUCAGGCCUGAAGGCCGACCUGCUAUGCUCACUCACAACAAACAAAAUCCUAUGAAAAUCAGUCCGCCAAUGUUGGAUCUCGGACGAAAGGGGUUGAAGCGAGAACUUGAGUGUUUGACGGACAGCAACGACGAGAAUGGGAUAGAAAUGUUGUAUCGUUCCCCAAGGCCAGUCGUAGUUGGGUUAGAUCCCCACCUAAAAAAGGCUGUGUUCUCUGCUGCGUGGAAUCCGAUGAUGGAGGCUAUCCGACUCGGCACACUCGGAGGGCACAAUGAAUGA